AUGUCAGGAUUUGGAACAAGAGCAGUGCACGCCGGAUCGGGCCAUGACGCCCAGACCGGUGCUGUCAUCCCAGCUAUCUCACUCUCAACUACCUUCGCUCAAAGUGCUCCAUCGGUGCCAAUUGGCAAGUACGAGUACUCCAGAUCUGACAACCCAAACAGAGAUGGCUUCGAGACUGUUGUAGCCUCGCUUGAAAACGCCAAGUAUGCCCUUGGUUUUGCCUCUGGUUCUGCUGCUAUUGCCGUCAUCCUGCACACCUUGACUCUCGGUGACCACGUUGUCAGUGUCUCCGAUGUCUACGGCGGUACCCACAGAUACUUCACCAAGGUGGCCAACCACAGUGGUAUUAACGUGUCUUUCUCCGGUGAUCUCGAGAAGGAGCUGCCAACUCUCCUAAACGAGAAGACCAAGCUGGUCUGGAUUGAAACUCCAUCUAACCCAACCUUAUCGCUGACCGAUAUCUCCAAGAUCAAGUCCAUCAUUGUGGACUACCAGGCCAAGCACCCCACCCAAAAGAUUAGUCUUGUCGUUGACAACACCUUCUUGUCGCCAUACAUCCAGACCCCUCUGGACCACGGUGCUGACAUCGUCAUGCACUCCGUCACCAAGUACCUUAACGGUCACUCUGACGUUGUCAUGGGUGUUGCUGCCACUAACGACGAUGCCAUUGCUGAGCGCUUGAGAUUCUUCCAGAAUGCCAUUGGUGCCAUUCCAUCACCUUUCGACUCGUGGUUAGCACACCGUGGUUUGAAGACCUUGCACUUGCGUGUGAGACAAGCCUCCAACAACGCCAACGCCAUCGCUAAAUACCUCGCUGCAUCAGACAAAGUCCUCAAAGUCAACUACCCCGGUCUUGAGAACCACCCACAGAGAGGUAUCUUUUUGAAGCAACACAACCACGGUCUUGGUGGUGGAAUGAUUUCCUUCAGAAUCAAGGGCGGUAAGGAGGCUGCUUCCAAGUUCACUUCUUCGACUAAGAUCUUCACUUUGGCCGAGUCCCUUGGUGGUGUUGAGUCUUUGUUAGAGGUUCCUUCCAUUAUGACCCACGGUGGUAUUCCUGUGGCCGAGAGAGAGGCCAACGGAAUCUUUGACGACUUGAUCAGAUUGAGUUGUGGUAUUGAAGAUGAGGAGGACCUGAUCGCCGACAUUAAACAGGCCCUCGAAGCUGCUACCAACUAA